AUGGUGUUAUCCCAACCUCUGAGUAGGUUGAGACUCUCCGUGAGAAAUAUGGCUUUCAGCCGGAAGACAAAAUACUUGUUCCGUUGGACAGAGCCACCUUUCUGGAACCUCCUCCGGGAAAAAUCGUCGCCUUCGAGAUGUUGUGUUGAUCUCAAGAAUGCUCACGCCCUCAUUCCCGACGGGAAAGAUAGGUUGAAGAAUUGGCAGAAUCAUUGGUUCUGGGUGAAUAGUUCUCGAGUUGGAGGUCCCUACGUUCGAACUGAAGUGACUUCUAAUAAUGCACCCGAACUACUUGGUCGGGACCAUGAAACUGUUGGCCUUCUGGAAAGUUCCGUUGUUGAUCUCGAGGCCCUGAAUGCAUUCUUACUGAAGUUCCAAGGGGAUUUGCAGUUUAUUCCAAUUACUAUUCGUGAUAGCCUUUCUUCUCCCUGUCAGAAAUAUACCCAGGGAUUCGCUACUCCUGCUGCCUCGAUUCCUUUGCACUCGACCACUGCUGACGAGACACCUUCGACUGGCAACCCAUUUGGCGUGCCCUUAGCGUGCUUCCUCCUACCAUCAUUUCUAAUGGUUAGGAGUGUGUGGAAGAUAACAAAGAGGGGAUUUUGGUGGGUUCAACGUUCCGUGUCACUAGGAAAAGAGGACGUUUGA